AUGGAGGUCUAUGUGGAUGACAUGCUAGUAAAGAGCCGAACGGCAGGAGAGCAUCUGAAAAACCUAUCGCUCAUGUUCGGCAUCUUGAAGGAUUAUCGAAUGAGACUCAACCCAACGAAGUGCGCCUUCGGCGUAUCUUCCGGGAGAUUCCUCGGUUUCAUGAUCAGCCAGAGGGGUAUCGAAGCAAACCCAGAUAAAAUCAAGGCCAUAAUCGACAUGGAGGUGCCGAAGACACAGAAGGACAUCCAGAGCCUUACCGGACGAGUAGCAGCCCUUACUCGCUUUAUCUCCAAAGCCACAGACAAGUGUGCACCGUUCUUCAAAGCCUUGAAAGGGGGCAAACACCAUAUAGAAUGGACUGCCGAAUGCGACAAGGCGUUUCAAGACUUGAAGGACUACAUGGGCAGAGCUCCGCUACUGUCAAAACCCCUCCUAGGGGAAAUACUCUCUCUAUAUCUAUCGGUUUUUCAAAAGCCAGAAAUAUCCGGUAGGCUGGUCAAAUGGCCAAUUGAACUGGGAGAGUUCGACGUACAGUUCAAACCCAGACCUGCCGAGAAGGGACAAGCCGUAGCAGACUUCAUCGCUGAACUGACACCUUCGGAGGCAUCAGAACCUGAAAAAACCCCUCCACAGGAAAACCUACCGAACGGCAGUCGUCUCAACCAGUCAACUCCUGCCUGGAUCCUACACGUGGAUGGCUCGGCAAGCCAACAAGGGUGCGGAGCUGGCCUGGUACUCACCACUCCCGAUGGAACCAAAAUUGAAUAUGCCAUCAGGUUCGGCUUCAGAACGUCCAACAACGAAGCCGAAUACGAGGCACCUUUGGCCGGCCUACGGCUCGCCAAAACCAUGGGGGCCAUUCAGAUCAGCAUCUACAGCGACUCGCAGCUGAUAGUGAACAAGGUGACUGCCAAUUUCGCAGCGAAGGACCCAUCAAUGUCGGCAUACCUCACGGCAGCACACCAACUGCUAAACAAAUUCCAAGUGUACGAAAUUCAGCAGAUACCAAGAAACGAGAACAGUCAUGCCGACGCCCUCGCUAGGCUGGCUUCGGCAAUCAACGACAAAGUGGGCCGAAAAAUCCCCGUCGAGAUACUGACCCUACUGAGCACCACCAUUGCCGAGAUCUGCACUAUAGAGUAUAACGACACAUGGAUGUCGCCUAUUCAUGCUUACCUGACAAACGGCACUCUCCCUGGAGACAAGGCCAAGGCAAGACAGCUGCGUUACCGAUCGGCAAGGUACAUCAUCAUCAGCGAUGUUCUGUACAAACGUGGCUACACCACCCCAUACAUGAAAUGCAUCACCGAAGAGCAGGGCGAAUAUGUCAUUCGGGAGAUCCACAGUGGAGUCUGCGGUAGGGCUACUAUUGGCCAUCCAUGCACAGGGAUGCAAUCGCGAUGGUAA